GAGAAGAACAAGACAGUGAGUCACCUUCGAGCGCUCGGGAAAGCUCAUUGACAAAAAUUCCUCGUGUCUUUGGCCCUCCGUAAAAGUUCACAUAUACAUAUAUAUAUUUUUUUUAUUUACUGUAGAGCAUCAUCCAACACUGUCAUCAUGCCUUGGUUUGGAGAAGACCCGCAGAAGAAGAUGAUGGAUUGCAUGUUUGAGCUGAAGAUGUGUGAAAAGCAGAUGGAAAGGCUGUCCAAGAAAGCAGAAAAGGAGCAAAUGGCGCAGAAGAAGAAGAUGGUGACAGCGAUGAAGCAGGGCAACGUCGAGGGUGCCAGGAUCUACGCUGAGAACUGUAUCCGGAAAAAGCAGGAAUCACUCUCGUACCUGCGCAUGGCUUCUAGGCUCGAUGGUGUCAAGUCCAGAGUCCAGUCAGCGAUGGCCAUGCAGGGCGUGACUAAGAACAUGAGUGGAGCUGUCGGCUCUCUUGACAAGGCCCUCAAAGCCAUGGAUCUUGAGAAGAUUUCACACGUCAUGGGCCAGUUCGAGUCACAGUUUGAGGAUCUGGAUGUCAGGACUAAUGUGAUGGAAGACAGCAUGGCUGCAGCAACAACCCUUAGCACCCCCAAGAGUGAUGUUGAUGCCCUCAUCCAGCAGGUGGCUGAAGAGGCAGGGCUUGACAUGGUGUCUGCCCUUCCCGAAAUGGAUAGCGUGGGUGAACUCUCCACCGUUGGCGAAAAGACCAAAGCCAAGGAGAUGGAUGAACUCGACCAGAGGCUUGCCUCACUCAGGAACUAAUUCCCUUCUGCUCUGUCCUUUUGCCUCUUUACCUCCUCUUCCUCAUCUUUGUUUUUGUCGUCCUGCUAUUUGAGCGAUGCCAUCAUUCACCAGGCCUUCAUUUCUUCUUACUGUUGUGUUCGGCAGAGGGUGAUAGUUAGGGUAUUUUUAUUCUUUACUUUUCACAUUUUCAAUUUCUAGAACUGUUUCACACACAGACAGACAGACACACAGACAGACAGACAGACAGACAGACAGACAGACAGACA